AUGCUUUGGCUCAAGUUGAUCUUCACCAACAAAAGCAAAGAAGAAAUCCGCGCCGAGGAACAAUCCAGACGUCAAAGCAAAUCACACAUCAAACGAGUUUUAGCCCGAGAGCGAGAACUCAGACUUGCACAAGAUGGCGGCGGAGUGAAAAGUGCACGUCUUUUCUUUGGAUCUCCAUUGGAGUCAUAUACCCAUGCAAAGCACGGCAAGCGGACUAAGGAAAAUUUUUCCAAUGGGCUUAUGAAGUCCAUCUAA